CGCUAUAGACACAGGUGACAGUGAAACUAUGGCGGAAAACCUGCAGGCAUUGCUUCUUGUGUGUUUCUGGGUUGUUUUUCUUCAGAUUCCUUGCUCAGCUCGUGCCCAGGAGUUAAUCGUUUCAGUGCCAGAAAAUGUCGCUGUUGGGAAGACUAUUUUCACCGCGUCGCGUCUACCAAGGACCCAGGCUGGAGACAAAGCGGAACUUCCGUGUGCCAAAAUGGAGGGAGAUCCGCACGGCCGCUUUAAUGUGACAGAGAACUGCACUAUUGUGGUCGCCAACCCUCUUGACCGGUCAGUACAGCCGGUAUAUCUGCUGAACAUUCGCAUCGGAGUUCAGAACACGAGUGUUAAGAUAGAGCUGACUGACGCCGAGGGCUAUCCUCCUGUAUACAACGAGAAAUGUGAAACUCCGGUCAAUCCUGACGGUAAGACUGGUGAUUUCUUAUACAGUCUUGCCGCCACAUUGGAAGCUGUGAAGACAGAUGGAACCAUUUGGAGUGGCAAAGGAACAUAUACUAAACUCUCUGACAUUGGUUCCACCAGAUACCGGACGAUGUUAUAUGAUGACCCUUGGAUGUUGCACACAGACAACAGUGACUGCAACAUUCGUUAUAUUUGGUACACUGACGCCAUCAAUAGUUUAGUAACUAUGCAAGAUCUUUGGUACAAUGACAUUCGACACUUCACAUGCACCGAGGAAUACAAAGCACCAAAAAUAUUCUUCGAAGUGAUUCUACAUAAACGUGGUGAAAAUAUUACAUCAGAUAUGUUGAAACAAUAUGUUCCUGAAUCAGUCGUGGAGGACAAAACUCACAACUAUUUCCUUUUCGUAUCAUCGGUAUAUUCUACAACAGAAACAAAAACAUAUAACUGUGAGAUUCCAAAUUUUCGUAAGCCAGUAGGAUCAGCACCCUGGGCAAAUAUUGAGUAUCUGGACAUUGAAGUAAAACCUGAGGGCUGCCCAGCAGGAAGAUAUGGCUUUCUCUGUGACAAAACCUGCAUCUGUAAGAACGGCGCCCGCUGCCACGGGUUUAACGGCGCCUGCAAAUGUCCGCCCGGCUGGAAAGGUGUGGCCUGUGACAUUCCCAAACAGGACGUCUCCAUCACGACGACGCCUAGCGACCCUCGCCACAUCUACAUCUCCGCAAACGUCACGUUUCGCUGCACGGCCCACCAUGUCGACGUCACGUACAUGUCGGUUAGAUAUCCGAAUGCGACAGAGAAGGUCGGCUUUGGUGUGACUAAGAUUGACUUUGUGGUUCCGAACAUACAACCGACCAACAAUGGACCGUACACGUGCCAGGUCCGAGACACCCGGGGAAACACACUCAACUCCACGUUUGUGCUCAAUGUUACGAACUGUACUCCGGACAAAAAAGGUGCCGAGUGUGAUGAAGUGUGUGAUUGCCUGCACGGUGCGAGCUGUGGCCGGUGGGUCGGCUGUGUCUGUCCGCCGGGAUGGACGGGAACAAGGUGUCAGACAAAAUGUCCCCAUGGCACGUACGGUAAAGACUGUUUAAGGAACUGUAGCUGUCAGAACGGUGCAAACUGUAACCCUAGCGACGGUCGGUGUGGAUGCACUGACGGCUGGUACGGCAAGAAUUGUAGCAAACCGUGUCUAAACGGUCGGUUCGGUUGGAGAUGUCAGCAGAAAUGUGCCUGUAACAACAGUGCUACAUGUAGUAACGUGGACGGCAGCUGCGCAUGCGUGACGCCGUGGACGGGACGGAACUGUGACCAAUGGCAGACAAUUGCGAGCAGAGACGAACCGCUGCUCGAAAGCCUGAUCCCACUAGGCUCCUUAGUCUUCCUUGUUGCCAUAGUGAUGGCGAUACUCUACAAAACCGGCAUUCUAUCUUGUUCUGCGCCAGACGCAGGCGAGGAGGAAAAGAUACUUUUCGAGCUGAGGAGAAUGGAGCAGGAUCUGGCACAGAGCCUACAGCCGGGCUGGCUCGGACGGUGGGAGAAGAAGGUCCGCCAUCUUACUCCUGGUCCGUUGAUUGGAGAAGGGAUGUUUGGGCAAGUCAGAAAGGCGCAACUGCGCACACCUAGGGGAGAACUCGCCGUUGCCGCCAAGACAGUUCGCGUCGAGGACUCGCAGUCCUAUCGAGACUUCUACAGAGAAGCAGCCAUACUGGUCGCCGUACACCAACAACGAAAUGACGAUUGUGGUGAGUCCAAUAUCGUUCGUCUUGUUGGGCUUAUCACCAAGUCUACGGAGAAGUACAUUCUUUUGGAAUAUGCACCAAAAGGCGAUCUCUUGGGUUUUCUUCGCCGAAUACGGAACAUGAAUGGCGAAGAAGGUUUACAUGGAAGCCUUCUUGGAUACGCAGUUGACAUAGCACAAGCUUUACAAGAACUGGGACGCCUGAGAAUCGCACAUCGUGACGUGGCCGCUCGUAACGUCCUCAUCACUGCCCAUGACGUGGCCAAGUUGGCUGAUUUUGGACUCGCCAGAGAUGUCUACGUCACCACGCAGUAUGUCCGAAGAGACAGUCCAGGCGCUGACGAACUCCUGCCGCUGACGUGGAUGGCGCUGGAGUCCAUCGAGACGGGCGAGUACACCUGUCAGAGUGACGUCUGGUCCUUCGGCGUGCUGCUGUGGGAGAUCGCCACGCUGGGACAAGAUCCAUGCUACGAUGGCAGGACUCAGCUGAGCUUUCGUCAGAUGGUGGGGAUUCUGAGGCAAGGAAAACGGCUGGCGAUGCCAGAGGGAUGUCCAGACGACCUGUGCCAACUGAUGAAGGAGUGUUGGCGCGACGAUCCAGAUGAAAGACCGACUCCAGGAGAGAUAGAAGAGAAACUGCUGCAACUAAGACGUUCACUGUUUUCACACUACGAAAUGGAAACUGUUGUGUAGAUAGCCUUUACGAAAGCAAGGUAGAUACAGAGGGGAACUGAAACUGUACCCAGGGGUUUUACCUGGGUUUCAUGUCGUAUGAAUCUUAGAGUUUGGCUCGUUUAACAGAAUUUUGUACACUAUUGAGUUUUCCUAUUCGAAUUUGUAUCUGUUUUCAGUGUUGAGCAUGAGAUAGGGACUUAUUGGAGAAUUCUAGAAGUUAAAUAUCAUAUUUAACUUGUCGAAUUCUCUUUGGUUUGGUCAAACAGUUCAGCAUGAUAAUUAUAAUGCUAUAGUCCAAGGGAAGCCUAUAUAUGAUCUAACUAAUGCCACAUAACAUUUACACUCAGCAACAGCAGGGUUUCGUCUUCUGUAAUUUUUCAUUUCGCAGCCGCCAUAUUUUCCUUCGCCAAGUGAGUCAUAUAUUCAUUCGGUUACAUUUGAAUGUUUGUUAGAUUCUAGUCUAGCUAUAGAUUGCUAAUUAAGUUGUGAAAUUGUGGAUAGAUAUCUAGUAUCUGUAGUCGGAGUGGGAAAAUGUAAAGGACAAGUUCGAUUAUAGUCAGACACAUUUUCCUUAAAGCUAUGUGUGUUUAUUGCUCGAUUGCCUAAUAUCCUAUAUAGAUUUAAGAAUCAAUUGGGAAAGCAAUCGGGUUUGUGCAGUGUUAAACGUCAGCCAAAUGGG